GGAUAUUCAGUCGCGAGUAGACAACCAUGACGGACGACAAGAAGAUUUCAGCUGAUGAAAUCGCCCUAUAUGAUCGGCAAAUUAGACUAUGGGGUAUCGCGGCCCAAACGCGAAUGCGGGAAGCAAAUGUGCUCUUGAUCACCGCUGGUGCAUUGUCCAACGAAAUUGCGAAAAAUAUCGUCUUGGCGGGCAUUGGAUCUCUCACGGUGCUCGACAGCGCAACGGUCACUCCGCCUGAUCUCGGCGCUCAGUUCUUCUUAGAGGAAUCUGACGUUGGCAAAAACAGAGCUGAGGCAGCUGUGCCGCGGAUACAAAAGCUCAAUACGCGCGUUAUCGUCACGGCUGAUACCUCUGAUAUCACGACAAAAGACGCAGAGUAUUUCUCAAAAUUUGACAUCGUGGUGGCCACAGAACUCGCCGCCUCUGAACUUAUUACAAUCAAUGAAGCUUGCCGCAAAUACUCAAAAUGCUUUUACGCUGGAGGCAUGAGCGGUCUCUAUGGCUACAUCUUUGUUGAUUUGAUAGAGCACUCGUUCUCCUUCGAGCGAGAUCAGUCCAACUCGGCGACUAAACUCGGGCCCGAGACGAGCACGCGCUCUGUCGUUGACGUGAAACUGAAAAAGGGCGAUGGCAAGCUGCUGAAAGAAGUGGUCACAAAGAAGGAGGUGUACAAGCCAUUAGCAGAGUCGCUAAAGUCUGAUAGUCUCUCGAAGCUGAGAGCUCGGAGUCAGCUUAAAGUGUCUCCAGUGCUACCUGCGUUCAGAGCCCUGUGGGACUUCCAAAGCACCACCUCAAGACUCCCAAGCCCUGAAGAUUUCUCAACAUUCGAGGAACUCGUCCACAACAAUACCCGCGACCUCGGCCUCCCCGUUGGUAUCAUCACCCCCCAAUUCGUCAAAUCUUUCCUUUCCGGCGUCGGCGCCGAGAUCUCGCCUGUCGCUGCAAUCAUCGGAGGCGCAAUGGCUCAAGAUAUUUUGAAUGUGCUCGGGCAGCGACAGCAGCCGAUCCAGAACUGGGUCGUGUAUGACUGCGACACUUCCACAGCUCCGAUCUACACCUUAUAAUGUCUCAUUUCAUAAUGAAACCACAUAGAUCUUACCAUUCUUCUUUAAUUUGAUUACUAAAACU